GACGUUUUGAUUUGAAAGGAGUUUGUUUUUUUUUGUUCUUUUUUGGAAGUCGGAGUUGCUAGGCAAUUUGUACGGACAUCUAACAGUAUCUGACUGUUGUCUGUUUAAGAUAUAGUGCAGAGAAUGAGCAAACAUACAAGUCGCAGUUCAGUGAAGACAACUAAAGGGUGGUUCAACUAAGGUCCAAGCAAUUAGUUAAAUAGCACUCGGUUGAUGAGGGAACAAGCUCUUACGGUGUGUUCACACAUAAAGGCUGUUAAAUAAAGAGAAGUGAACCAUCAGUUAAAGAGAACAUCUUUUCGACCGGGACGCUACAGUAAGAGCUUGAUCCUCCAGGAGUAACUUCACCUCCGGGAGAAGUAAGAGCGUGACCCAAGUUGAGAAGAGCUUCACUCUGAACUAAGAAGUUGUUCGACCCACUCUCAGUAUCAAGCAUGGAAGCAUCUGAUCAGGAAAUAAAGUACAUCAAAGACCUACAAGUCAACGAUGAAGAGGAUGCUCAAAGUUCUGUUCGUCAAAGGAGGCCUACAGAAAAAAUGCGAGCGUAUCAGGAGGAAGAAACUCACAAAAAGGAAAAACGUCUUCUUAAAGUUUAUGAUCAAUGGAAAAGGCAAGUACGCACAACAAGAGAACAAUUGAAAGGAGACAUAACAAACAGUCAAAUUGCUUCACUCAUGGACAUCUUAGAAAGAGAAAGAGAUAAUGUCAUAAAGUUAUACACAGAAAUAAGGGAAAUCAUUACUCCCUGUAGUGACACAAGGCGACUUAUAGAUGCAUGCGAAGCAGUCACCAAUGACAUUAUAAGAGUUGCAUAUGAAAGACUCUCAGGCAUAGAUAACUAUGACAGUAAGAAAGUGAAGGCACGUCUACGUGAACUUCUUGAUCCAGACUAUGCUCAAUCCAUUUAUAGUUCUUCCAUCACGCACUCAAGUAAACAUUCAGCUGCCAGUAAUUCAAACUCUACAAGGUCAGUAGUAGAUGUAAAGAGAGCAGAAGCUGCUGCAGAGUUAGCUGCCAAGGAGGCAGAGUAUGAAGUUUUAUUAGAAGAAGAAAAACAAAGAGAAAAGAUUCAACUUUUGGAGGAAAGACAGAGAAAGGAGUUAGAAUCUCAAAAACGUGAGUUAGAGAGAUUAAAGGCUGAAAGGGAGUUAAAGGCUGCACGAGCUAGAUUAAUAACCUAUGACCAGGAGAUAAAGAGCGUGAGCAGCGUUCAUGUUGACUGUGCUAGAGCAACUCAAAAGGCUUCUAUAGUUUCUGUUCCCAUUCAGGUCCCUAACAGCAACGUUGUGUCCACCUCACUUUUACAAACAGAUGUCCUUUAUUUGGCCCAAGCAUUACAGGACAGUGUCGCCAUAAACAGACUGCCAAUGUCUGAACCCUCCACGUUCACAGGCGAUCCAAUAGAGUUCAUCGAGUGGAAAGCUUCUUUUACUGCACUCAUUGAUAAAAAGAACAUAUCACCUGCAGACAAGUUACACUACUUAAAGAAAUAUGUAGGAGGUUCAGCUCGACAAACGCUUGAUGGCAUCUUCUACAGAAACGACAGUGAUGCCUAUCAGGAUGCGUGGGAACGCCUCAAUCAAAGGUAUGGACAUCCUUUUAUUGUACAGAAAGCGUACAGAGAAAGACUAACAAAAUGGCCAAAGAUACAAACAAAUGACUCAAUAGGAUUUAGAGCAUUUGCUGAUUUCAUUCAAACAUGUUAUGAAGCUAUACCACACAUAGAAGGUUUAAGCAUUCUCAACGAUUGUGAAGAAAACCAAAAACUUGUUCAAAAAUUACCGAACUGGGCAGCUGCAAGGUGGAAUCGUCAGGCUACUCUGUACAUGAAAGAAAAUGGGACGUUUCCAAGUUUAAGGCACUUCACUGAGUUCAUGUCCACCGAAGCUGAGGUUGUGUGCAACCCGAUUACGUCAUUUCAGGCUCUUCACUCAACAGACUUCAAUAAAAUAACCAGCAAAGUUAUCCAGAAAGAAAAAAG